GUAUGGUGUCCUGUCUAGGACAUUUCCUUUCGCUAGUGUACGCGCACGUCACAACCCGAUCCGCUCUCCGCCCUGGACCGGAGUGAGGAGAGCGGGGACAGCGGAGAGAGGUUGACACAUUGGUGCAUCUUUCAAAAAUGGGAAAGUUAUCACUGUCCACGAACUACUGAUAAGCUUACACCGACUGGACGCAACCUUUUAGAAAUUUGCAAAAGUGACCGUCUUGCCUUCAGCCACGUGUUUCUCCGACGACAAGCUACUGCCAAGCCGCAGCCAUGUACGGAAGCCAACGAUCUGUUGGGAAGGUGGAGACCAGCAGCCAAAGCCCCGGACGUUCUCCGCGACUCCCACGCUCGCCACGUCUAGGUCAUCGGCGCACUAACAGCACCGGUGGCAGCUCGGGAGGAAUCCCUGGUGGUGGCAGUGGCAAGACUUUGUCCAUGGAGAAUAUUCAGUCCCUUAAUGCAGCCUAUGCCACAGCCAGCCCAAUGUAUCUUAGCGACCAUGAAAACGUAGGUGGAGAUACCCCAAAGAGCACCAUGACUCUGGGCCGGUCAGGGGGUCGGCUGCCUUAUGGAGUGAGGAUGACCGCCAUGGGAAGUAGUCCCAACAUUGCGACCAGUGGUGUGGCCAGUGACACUAUUGCCUUUGGGGAUCACCACCUUCCUGCAGUUAGUAUGGCCUCCACUGUGCCCCAUUCUCUGCGCCAAGCCAGGCAUCUACAAAUGACCAUCCAGGCGAUGCAGGAUGAGCUCCGGAUUCAGCGAGACCUCAACCAGCUCUUCCAGCAGGACAGCGGGGGACGCGCCAAAGAAGUCUUCACUUCCGAACCAACCGAGGAAAACUUCCGCAUCCUGCAUGCGGAGCACGACCGCCAAGCCAAGGAGCUAUUCCUUCUGCGCAAGACGCUGGAGGAGAUGGAAUUGCGGAUUGAGACGCAGAAGCAAACGCUGAAUGCCAGGGACGAGUCUAUCAAAAAACUGUUGGAGAUGCUGCAGAGUAAGGGGAUCUCCUCAAAGGUCAUGGACGAGGACCACGAGAGGACACGGAGGUUGGCGGAGGCCGAGAUGCAUGUCCACCACCUGGAGAGUCUACUGGAUCAGAAGGAAAAGGAGACUAACAUGCUAAGAGAGGAAAUCCACCGCCGCUUUGAGAAUGCUCCGGAUUCUGCCAAGACGAAAGCCCUGCAGACCGUCAUCGAGAUGAAGGACUCUAAAAUCACCUCCAUGGAGCGUGGCCUUCGAGACCUGGAGGAUGAGAUCCAGAUGCUGAAGUCUAACGGGGCUCUGAGCACUGAGGAGCGGGAGGAGGAGAUGAAGCAGAUGGAGGUCUACCGCAGCCAUUCAAAGUUCAUGAAGAACAAGGUAGAGCAGCUGAAAGAGGAACUGACUUCAAAGGAGAGCCAGGCGGAGGAGCUGAGGAAAAGAGUGUCAGCUCUGCAGACAGAGCUGUCUGGCAUCGGACAGGUCAAGCAGGAGCUCUCCCGGAAGGACACAGAACUGCUGGCCCUGCAGACCAAGCUGGAGACCCUCACCAACCAGUUCUCUGACAGCAAGCAGCACGUGGAGGUCCUGAAGGAGUCCCUGACUGCCAAAGAACAGCGGGCUGCUAUCUUACAGACUGAGGUGGAUGCACUCCGCCUGCGGUUGGAGGAGAAGGAAACGAUGCUGAACAAAAAGACAAAGCAGAUCCAGGAGAUGUCUGAGGAGAAGGGCACUUUAUCUGGAGAGAUCCACGAUCUCAAAGACAUGCUGGACGUGAAGGAGAGGAAAGUGAACGUGCUGCAGAAGAAGAUUGAGAACCUUCAGGAGCAACUGCGGGACAAGGAGAAACAGCUGAGCAGUUUGAAGGAACGAGUAAAAUCCUUGCAAGCUGACACCUCCAAUACAGACACUGCCUUGACCACCCUGGAGGAAGCAUUGGCUGAGAAGGAAAGAAUUAUCGAACGUCUGAAAGACCAGAGGGACAGAGAUGAACGUGAGAAGCAAGAAGAACUGGAGUCCUUCAAAAAAGAGUUGAAAGAAUUGAAAGAAAAAGUCAGCACAUUACAGGGAGACCUGUCUGAGAAAGAGUCUUCACUUUUGGAUUUAAAGGAACAUGCCUCUACCUUGGCAUCGUCUGGCCUUAAGAAAGAUUCCAGACUGAAAUCGCUGGAGAUUGCACUGGAACAGAGGAAGGAGGAGUAUCUGAAGCUUGAGAACCAGCUCAGGAAGGUCCACGAGGCUGCACAAGAUGCAAAAUCCAACCCUGAUGUGAACGAGCGGGUGCAGCAGCUGGAGAAAGAGGUAGCAAGGUAUCGGGAAGAGGCCAGCAAGUCCCAGGCAGAGGUGCACCGGUUAUUGGAGAUCCUUAAGGAGAUGGAAAAUGAGAAGAAUGAAAAGGAUACAAAGAUAGCUGAACUUGAAAGGCAAAUAAAGGACCAGAGUAAGAAGGUGGCGACGCUGAAACACAAGGAGCAGGUGGAGAAGAAGAAAAAUGCCCAGCUUCUGGACGAGGCGAGACGUAGGGAAGACAACCUGACCGACAGCUCUCAGCAGCUGCAGGACAUCAUGCACCAGAAGGACGAUCGCAUCGAAGAGCUGGAGGAGGCUCUGCGCGAAAGCGUGCAGAUCACUGCUGAGCGGGAAAUGGUGCUGGCCCAAGAGGAGUCCGCACGAGGCAGCUAUCAGAAGCAGGUUGAGGAGCUGAUGAUGGCCAUGGAGAAGGUGAAGCAGGAGCUUGAAUCCAUGAAAGCAAAACUAUCAUCUACCCAGCAGUCACUGGCCGAGAAGGAGAUCCACCUGACCAGCCUGCGGGCCGAGCGCCGCAAACACCUGGAGGAGGUCCUGGAGAUGAAACAGGAAGCUCUGCUCGCCGCAAUCAGUGAGAAAGAUGCAAACAUUGCACUUCUUGAAUUGUCCUCGUCUCGUAAGAAGAAGACGCAGGAGGAAGUGGCGUCACUGAAGCGGGAGAAGGACCGGCUGGUGCAGCAGCUCAAACAGCAGACACAGAACAGGAUGAAGCUGAUGGCGGACAACUACGAAGCCGAUCACCUGAAGACUUCUGCACAGUCCAACCAAACUAACCACAAGCCCUCCCCUGAUCAGAUGAUUCAGCCCCUCUUAGACCUUGACCAAAAUCGCAGCAAACUCAAACUGUAUAUUGGGCAUCUGACUGCUCUGUGCCAGGACAGGGACCCCCAGAUCCUGCAAGCUCUUCGCCCGCCCGACUCCUACUACCUGGAUGACAACCGGUCAGCUUGGGAGCAGAGGCUGCAGAAGAUGACGACAGAAGAGUUGAGUGAAGAACUGGAAAAAUGUGAGCACGAGAGCGCAGAAUUGCAGGAAUUCGCCAACACCAUCCUUCAGCAAAUUGCAGAUCACUGCCCCGAUAUCCUGGAACAAGUUGUCAAUGCUUUGGAAGAGUCCUCCUGACACCACAGAGAUCGAGGUCAUCUCCUGCAGCUCGGAUAUAACGGACACCAGUGUUAGUCGACAAUUUUUAUUUUCCCCUCCACCCACUGGCUUUGGCCUAGGGUAGAGACCUGCACAUCCAGCCUUGCACUGCCUGUCACAAACUGCACUGUAUGUACCGUUACGCUAGGGGCUUCUUGUGGUUUCUGGGGGUGCAGUGCAACCCCUCCUCCACUAGGACCAAAAAAAAUAAAAUGAUCUCCCUUUUUCUUAAGGGUGGAAUUGGCCUGCCCGUAUGGGUUCAGUCACCGGACUCUCACUACAGAAAUGCAAUAAGAGAGUAUGCCUCGGCCCCUUGAGAAAGCAUGGACUAUGGCGGCGGCGGACUUGGCGUUAAGGGGAUGGUGCAGUAAACAAUGAAGGUGUUGAACUGUCACAGAGAUUAUAAUGUAAGGAGAUUUCUACCUGAAAACACAAAAAUUCCAUUUGGUUUCCUGCAGUCUUUAGAUAUUGUUACUCUAUGAUGUCUCAAUCUUCCACAGCUUGUUCAGGGGUCAUCUACCCUGGUACUGAAGUUAAAAUUUUGCACAGAUUGUUGGAUGACAUUUUCUUCUUUUUCCUGGAAAGGUUUCUAUUAGCCAGCAUCCGUUCAUCAAACCCAGCAGCCCAGAUCCACCAGCACUACCACCACCUCCGUCUUCACCAGGAGAUGCCAGCUCUUCCUUCUUGUUACUAGCACACAUUUAUUUUAUAUCCCAUCAAUUAGCUCUCCGCUACAUCCAAUAAGAUAUGUAUUACGGAUUUAUCAGCAAGACUAACCACCAGUACCACCCACCACAUGCCUUCCAUGUCCUAACUGUGGAGGAGGUCAAAUGUGAGCUUAAUGGAAGGUGCAGUAGAGUAUGCCAAGUGAUCAUAGCUUGAGAGACGUCCUCUUCCCCGAAAGGGUGUCUUAUUUCAAAGGGGUUCACCUAAUUUUAUUAGCUGGAGAAAGGCCCUGUUGACCCCUUACGUUCAGUGACUGACUGUUUGCCAGAGUCGUGUUGCUUGAUUGGUUAAUAGUGCAGUGUAUCCCUAGUAACCACACUUGGCUGUCCUGUGGCUAAGAUGCCAUGACAGGUCCCAUCUCGGGCUGCAGUAUUAAUCAGAUUUUUCUAAAAAUACAUUUCAUUGGAGAAGUUGCUUAGUCUCUGUGACCAAUCUUCUUGACUGUUACAGGUGAUUUUAUUGGUCUCAAUGCCCUUAGCAUUAUGGGAAGUCCUUAAAUUAUGACAUGCUUGUGUGGAGGAGAACCAGCCAAAAACACUAGCUGGAAAUUGAGAUGAGGAUAUAACUUGGGCAAAGCCCCUCAGAUGGUCCCCAUCAGCCCAGGACCUGUAAGAAGCAUCUCCUAAGGUUACCCUCCAAACCUCUGAUAAACUCAGGAAUUCAAUUUAUCAUUCAGAAUCCAUACAAUCCAGAUUGAACCAAGAGGUUUGAGGAAGAGCAUAAAAAAAGGCUCCUUGGACAUGGGAGCGGUUACUUUGCAGGAUAUUGUUGAGACUAGGUGGAAUGUGACGGGAUGUUUAGGCUUCUCCAGUAAGUUCUCUCCAGACGAGGUCAAAGGUUUUCAUCAGUCUGCAGAUCAUCCCUGUUAUUGGGCCCUCAGUAAAUCAGAUGAUGAACUCUAUAAAUUUGGGUCUGUAGGCUCCAGGAAUCUCUGCAGGGUGGUAAAAUCAAUAAUGAACCUGUCAAUGGUUUGCCGUGGACUAAAAACAGUCACGAGGAGGCAAGUUUCCAGUUAUAAAAUUGAGACAUCAGGCACAAAGUGUCUCUGCUGUGGGUAGACGUAUAAAUGAGGCAGGAAACAACUGUAGAGCAUCUGUGGAUCCAAAAGACUGAAGAGACUUCUAGGAAGGCCUUCCCUGGAGUCAGCUAACCUUGAACAACAGGUUAAAUCUGCAUAAAAUGUUGACUACUUUUCUUACAUUAUGUAUAAUACUCAAGUCACAUCCAGAUCUGCAUCCUAAAACUUACUUUUCACUUUUGCCAAAAUUUAGUUUCUUGUAUAAACAGUAUGCAGAGAGCUCCAUCUAAUGGUGGCUUUUGGCAGACAAAAUUUUAUCCUUUAUGGCUAUGCAAGGUAUAUGGAGCUUGGGCUGUAAUAAAGAUAAAUGAAGAAAUUGAUCAGCACAGUGUUAACCGGUGAAGUUUCGAAUGCAGCUCUGGAUGUGACCGGAGUAGAAGACCUGAUGUUAUCCAAGAUCAGUAUCUGCAGAGUAGAUUGGCAUUAUAUGUAGAUGUGUACAGCUUGACAGUCUUGGGCUGAGGUGUCACGAGUGAGCCCAUGCGAGGGGGCAUGUCAAUCAAUGUUGCAGAAUCCAAUACUUUACAGAGGGAUCGCAUGAAGAAACCAGAACCGCCACAGGAUCCUAUUCAACCAGUCGUUCAUCUUACACACGCUGCAAAAAAAAUUAAAAAUGGUUAAGCAUCCUUUCUUAAAGCAAAUCGAUACCUUAUUAUUAUUAUUUUUUUUGGGGAGACUAUAAGAAAUGGGUGGAAAAUUCUAUCUACUACACUACAGACAAAUCUUACUGAGCAAAAUGGCUGCCGCUGCUACACCUUUAUAGAGUUAUGUGGGGGGAUGGGUUUUUUUUGGAAUAUUUUUGUGUCAAAAAGAAAAAGGAAAAAAAGAGCAAAAACCUCAGUUCCUUAUGUGUUCAAAGGAGUUGUGUAAUAACCUGGAUUUUUCAGGCCUUUUUACUUUUUUUUGUGUGUGGUUUAUGCCUGCGCCGGGCCCUUAACAGAUCCUAUAACCCCCUCCCUCUUGUGUACGUGUCCAAUAAUGUCUGUUACUUCCGCUAACGACAGAUUCGCCCUCCAUACUGUCCAUAAUGUUGGUGUGCGUUUGGGGGUCCUUCAGCCACGUAAAGACCACAGAAGUAGUAAAAUGUUGUGUGUGUGUCCUGUAUCGACACACACGUGUAUAGAUGUAUGAUAUUUGCGCGUGUGUUUUACGUACGAAUAAAUCGCCAUAUUGAAUUCUA